ACAUGAAACAGCAGUCUGUCUGGCAAUGGUAAAGAUCCACCAUAACAAAGCCGGUCGGAGAGUGAAAUAAAAAAAGCGCGAAUUCUGCUAAAUUUUCCCUCUGACAAACAACUUGCAAUAGUCUAGAAGAUUCCCUAACAACCAUGGCCUCUGAACCCUCCUCCCCAGCUGACAAUGACAGCUGUGAGGGCGACGACCUGGAGGACGUUGACUCCGCCGGGGAGGAGACGGAGGGCGCGGGGUCGGGUUCCGCCAGGAAGAGGGUGUCGGCUCGCACGGUGCUGACGGGGCGGGGCGUCACCAUGGCGAUGCUUCUGUCGGACGGAAUCCUGGAACCCGGGGACGCAUGUCUGUCUAUAGACUACUUGGGUCAGAAGUUUGUGGGCGACCUGCUGCCCAACGGUAAGAUCAAGUGGCAGGGGAGUAACCGCGUCUUCAACUCGCCCAGUGCCUGGGCCAUCCACUGUAAGAAGAUGGUCAACCCCUCCAAGAAGUCAGGCUGUGGAUGGGCCUCGGUGAAGUACAAGGGGAAGAAACUGGACAUCUACAAAACCAUCUGGUUCAGGAAACAGCGGGGAGUGAAUGCACCGGAUGGUCUUCAAGCAUCCAUGGCUUUCGCCUGUGAUUGGCUGCUGAUUUGUGUGGUGAUUGGUGAUUGGUUGCAGAGCCCGGCCAAUACAGAUGAGUCUAUGGAAGAUGAAGAGGAGGAGGAGGAAGAGGAAAAUGGAGACGGCAAGAAGGAGGAGGCGGACAAACCGGAGGAAGCGAAAGAACCGGCGAAAGCGAAAGGUAAUGGUUCGCAGCCGGCGGGUUCCGAGCGGCCAGACAACCGACCGCGCCGCCCAGUGUCAGAGGUCACGGGCGGUCUGAAGACCACGACGGGCGCGGUGUCGCUCUCUCUGUCCCUCUCUGGGUCCUUCCGAGUCAAGCAGGACGUUAAGGAGAGACCAUCUGUGAAACACACAUCUCUGGGCAGCAGGGACCCUGACCAAGACCCGAACACGCUGGUGGAGUAUUCCCACUUCUCAGCACUGGGGAAGAUGCAGCCCUUCACCAUGUCUAUAACCACCAACUGUCUACUGCUGAUGGACUUCCACUGCCACCUGACGACCAGUGAGGUAGUGGGGUACCUGGGAGGCAAGUGGGACCCCGCGUCACAGCACCUGAGUAUCCUGCAGGCCUUCCCCUGUAGAUGUCGGCUGGGGGACAAGGAGAACGCCAUCAUGGUGGAGGAGGAGAUCCGACAGGGCAUGAUGUUACGAGGCCUGUCAUUGGUUGGUUGGUACCACUCGCACCCCCACUGCCAGGCCGACCCCUCGCUGCGGGACGUCGACUGUCAGAUGGAGUAUCAGGUUGCCAUGAAGGGGCUCGGCGCUACGUACCAGCCGUGUGUAGGGUUUAUAGUUGCACCGUUUCACCUGACAGAACCAAUUGUGGAGUCUACAAUACAGGCCUUCUGGGUCAUGCCACCUCCAGAGCACAAGCCCCACGAGUACGGCAUGCCCAUGUCCAUGAACUUCACGGCUAUCCAGGACAGCUACCUCACUCAGGACGUCGUUAACGAGAUGAAGUGGGUGAGUGACUACUACAGCGGCGCUCCUGACUUCUUGUUCUUUAAGGAACCCUGGCACCAAGACAAGACGUUUCUUGAGAAGGUUAAGGGUUCCUUGGCCAAGAAGCUGCCCAAGGACCAAGUUAGCGGCCAGCUUCUUGACUUUGUACAGAGUUUACUUAUGACACAACAAGGGCAGGAGAAGCAGACUUCAAGAUGAAGAUGUAACGUCUUGGUAUCUUGAAGAUGUCAUGUCUUGGUAUCUUGAAGAUAUAACGUCUUGGUUAAUAGAUAGAAGAAGGUCAGAGACCUUGAAGAAAUGUUGUAGAUUUUAUAUAUUAAACACUUUCAGGCACCGUUUUUACGAGUUAUGUGAAGUAGAUUUAGUGUAGUCUACAGUGUCAGUGCACAGAAAAACUGAUGUAUCCGUGUAUGUAUUGGAUGUUGAUGUUGCCCCCCUCCCCACACCCUACAAAAAACAAGCAAAAAUGGUGUGCCAAACUCUCAGGCUCUUUGGAAAGAGUCUUGUGUAUGUUUUUAUAAAGCUUGAAAGCUUACCGUUUGUUUGUGCAGAGUUUGAA